CCUGCUCCCUCUAUGUCUCUUUUGUAGCCAAAGUAGCUUGCUGAACCAAUCCACCGCAGUGCCUGGGACAGAUUGAGUGAAAGAGAGAGUGAGGGGUUUAGAGGAUGGGUAAGGGGACUUAAGGGAAAACACACAGGAGAGAGAGGGGGAGAGAGAAGGGGAGAGAGAGAGGGAGACCAAAAUCCACCAAGCCUCCCUGCUGUGAGCUUUCUUGGCUACUGACGUGUGCGCACGACUCUCGUGGCAGGAUGAGUUCGUGCAGCAGCCGUGCGUUGACCAUCCUAUCCACAGUGUUUGGAGCCUGCGGGCUGCUGCUGGUGGGGGUGGCCGUGUCUACAGACUACUGGCUGAUCAUGGUGGAGGGCAUCAUCCUACAGCAGAACCAGAGCAUGGAGGUGAAGAUGGCGCUGCAUUCAGGCCUCUGGAGAGUUUGCUUCGUGGCUGGAGCAGAAAACGGGAGAUGUGUUGCGUCAGAGUACUUCACUGAACCCGAUAUAGAGAUCACCACCGAAAACACUGCAAAUAUUCUCAAGAUGGUGCGGACAGCCACGCCCUUCCCGAUGGUGUCGCUGCUCUUUGUCUUCACGGCCUUUGUCAUCAGUAACAUUGGACACAUCCGGCCUCAGCGCACCAUCCUGGCCUUUGUGUCCGGCAUCUUCUUCAUCCUGUCAGGCCUCAGUCUGGUGGUGGGCCUGGUGCUCUACAUCUCCAGUAUUAAUGAUGAGGUGAUGAACCGGCCUAGGGAGCCAGAGCAGUUCUUCAACUACCACUAUGGCUGGUCCUUCGCCUUCGCUGCCUCUUCCUUCUUACUCAAAGAGGGGGCCGGGGUAAUGUCAGUCUAUCUGUUUAUGAAGCGCUACGCAGAGGAAGAGAUGUACCGCCCCCACCCUGCACUCUACCGUCCCCGCCUGUCCGAGAGCAGUGACUACAGUGGCCAGUACCUCCACCCAGAAUCCUCCUGGCCUCCGCCAAAGCGAGGCCGUAGUGUCUCCAUAGCCUCCAGUGACAUCUCCAUUCAGCUCAACCAGGCACCCCCAGCGCCGCCCAAAAGCAACCCCCAAAAGGGCGGCCAGGGCAGCCCGCCUUCUGGGUCUUCUUACACAGGGAGCUACCAAAUGCCCCCGCAGUCUGCUGGUUACCCCUCCACGCACACCCUGCCCAGGUCGCACUCCUCACAUCCCCAAGGCCAGGCUCUUCCCAUGGCCAUGCCGCCAUCGCCUGUACCUCCACCUCACUAUCACACACACAUGCACAUGAGUGCCUCCCCAUGUUAGGAAGAGGGAGGGAAGGAGAGACACUGACUCUUAAUAAUCAUGUAUACAAUACAUUUAGAUGAUGGAUGAGAGUAAAUGCUGAGCUUGGAGCACAGAUCGUGUGAGAAGAAGUGGAGGAAGAGGUGAUCAAACAUAAAAAGAUGUAGCUUUGGAACAAUAUGAACCAAGGGCAAAGGUGGCUUUGGAGAUUUUACAGAAACUUUGACGGACAGAGAAGAGUUGAAAACGAAAACGUGGAUUCAGUUUGUCAAAGUGUUUCCUAGAAAGACUUUAGAGGUUAGGUUGAGUGACAGAGGAGAUAUAGGGGAGGGAGAGUGAGGCAGGGAGAGUGAGGGGCUGCGGUAGAAUACGGAGAUACUGCAGUGCUGCGGGAAAUUUGUAUGCACUUGGAAAUGUACAAUGCAAAACACUGAUCACAAAAACUGAGGAUGCACAUAGUUUUAUACAUACAUAAUUCAUGCCAGUAUAUGGACUAUGUUCCUUUUUACCUAAAGGUAAAUGUGGUCAAAUAUAUUCUUGUCUUCUCUGAAUUUCUUACAUCAUCAGUGCAGUUUCAUAACUCACAAUGUCAAAGUAUUAUUAAUAAUAUGAAUUAAAAAUUAUUAGUUAACAAUAGAGCAAUUCUGAAAAGAGGAACACUGUAUGUGAAUGUUGAUAAUUGUAAUGUAGAAAAUGCAGGCAGAAAUGGAUGAUAUUCCAAAAUAGCAUAAGGAGAAAUCAACUUUAUGUUUAAAACAUUUGUUUAAGAUACAAAUUUCUAACUUCUUGUACAUAAAACUGCACACGAGGACUUCCGUAUAGCUGUUGUAAAUUAUGAAUGAAUCUUUGGCACAAGUCACAUCAAGAAAAUGUCUGACUCAUUCUGCUUUGGAUAAAGACUCUGCAACAGGCGUACUACAACCAUUAACACCCUCUGGAUGCAGCGCACGCUGGUUUGAAGGAGGAACCACCCGACACUGAUGCGGGGUUCUGAUGCCCUCUACUGGCCACUGUAUUGCACUGACCAUGGACCAGCCCUUGGGCCCACCAGUUCACUAUCUUCCCAUGCUCUCUUGCUUCCUCACUGACCGUCACUGUGUGUCAGUUGAUGGUCUAGCACAGAUGAGUUGGACUUAAGCUGUCGUCCAUCCAGAGGAUGAGUUAUGGUGAAUGUCAGGUGCAAAGAGAUGUCCUGUUUUGAACCGUACAUGGAUCAAGAUAAAUGCUUGUAUGCUUAAAGACUUUGUUAGAAGUAUUUUUAAAGCUUCAGUACUGUUUAUAUAUCUGGAAAACUCACAUGAUGAAAGUAUUAAUUACAUUUGCACUUAUUGCUCAAAGGACAAUUCCACUGUUUAUGAAAUGCAGGUCCUCUGUUUUUGACAGUACAUAGACAAAGUAGAGACCACUGCUUUAUUCCAAUAUUUUUGUGGCAGCGCAUCAUGCCAAAGGUUUCUAGAGUGUCUGAAAAUUCUUAUGUUUAGGGCUCAAUUAAUCAUUAUUGUCUUUAUCGGUUUAUUUGAUGAUUAUUGUCUUGAUUUUCGUUUUGUGUCUGAAAUGUCAGAAAAUAGUGCCCAUUGUAGUGAUGUAGUGACUGAACACAGGUGAUGUGUUCAAAUUGUUUGUUUUAUUAGACCAACUGUCCAAAACCCAAAAGGUAUUAAUUAUUCUACAAUAUAUAACAUACAAAGGCUUCAGAUCCUCACAUUUAAGAAACUGGAUUCAGUGUUUGCCCUUGUUUUUGGAAGAUUACUAAAAAUAAUGAAUCUGUUAUCAAAAUAGAGCUAAUUGCUUUUUGUUGAUGGACUAAUUGAUUAAUCAGCUUGUUGUUGCAGCUCUAAAUGUGUUACAGUACUUUCCAGAAAAGGUAUGUUUGAAAAAAAAAAUACCUUCACAGUAUUUCAAAGAAGGAAAGUUUCUCGUUCUAAUAAAAUGUGUCAGGACUUUCGAACAAUCCCACAUGGGUCCGAGUCGCACUUCCAAUAACAUCACAAUGUAGCCGGCUGUAUAGGACACUGUUGAUUGUUUUACCCUACUUUGGCACCAAAUAGGGUAUAUUGUAGGGGGUUUUGCAGUAAGUAACAUGUAUUUUCAGAUCCUCUAGUACCUGGACGCUCUGAUUAAGUUGCUCUUAGUUGCUUAUCCUGAAUAUGAAUUAUUCUCAAGACAAGCAGACCUGUGUAUCAAACAGUCAUGCUUUAGUUUAGAAUAAUUUAUUUUGUUUGUUUGUUUGUAAGGUACAGGGAUAUGCUAUAUCUCUGUAAUGAGAAUUAAACCACUGUGUCAUUGUAGUAUGGCUGGUUUUCAUUAUCACUGUGACGCUGGAGAGAGGGAAACCCACUGAAGACCUGCCGAAGCAGUAGACAAGACUUACAGUGGAGAAUAGAAAGUGAGCUCAUGGAUAUAUCAUCGUAUCGUCAUCGUUUUUGCCUUUAUGCAGGGUUUUGUUGAACAAGCAUGUGGUUUUUCAGCACCGCCCUGCUUUUUGUUUAUGCAGCUACACAAUUUCAUUUUUAGGUGAAGCCCAGUGUAAAUGCAGCCUUCUAUUGUUGGUUCUACUGUUGCACUUAAGGGGUUAAGUGCCUUGCUCAUGGGCACAUCAGCAGUAGCUGUUGAAGAAGAUCAAAGUAUUUCCCUUUCUAGAUUUUCCCAGCCAAUCUGGUUGAAAUCCACCUCUCUAAACUUUAGACUACUGCUGACCCCAUCAUGACCUUUGUGACUGUGGACAGUGGAGAAGCAUUCCUGUUUCUUCCUUUAAUUAAUUUCCUUUUGUAGAACUAUUUUGAUAAUCAUUCGUUGCCUCUUAAACUGCGGCAGUUCUUUUUCAUCUCUGUACCUCUUUGUUUUUCCCUCUCGACCCCCAGAUUUUGUGUCCUUUGCCUCUACAUGAUUACAUAAAAGGGUGUAGCUGUGCUUGCUUCUGCAUAAAGUCUAGACUUCUUCGACGUGAUCAUCUUUGUAAAGAAAAAAUGGGUAAAACAACUGCUUUUCGAUGCUUCAAUGGAACUGAUGCUGUAUAAUCUUGAGUUAUAUUAAUCAAUAGCAACUGUGAUAAGAUCACUGUUCUUGAAAGUGUUGACAUCUGUCACUCGCUUUCCUCUAAACAUGAAUAAAACUUUCAACAUGGGUUAAUUGCACCCUGUUUGCCCUCUCUAGUUAUCUGCUUCUGGGUUUACAUCCGUAUAUUUUUUGUUGGUGAAUGUUUCAAUAUCCUUUCUAUUUAAUUAGUCAGUUGUGCUAAAGGGUUUGCAUCAUAAGAAUAGAAAUGAACAAUAUGCCCUCAUUUUUAAACAGUAGUGAUAUAAGCUCAGCAUGAUAAUAUGAUACAUUUAGAGUGUUUUUCUGGCUGGUCUCUGUGAUGGAGGGAACCAUUGUGAGUGAAUGCACACUGCACUGCGGUGAACCACUGGGUGUUAACCAGGCUGCCUCCUCAGUCACGGCAAGCCACCACAGCCUGAGGGCAACAUUGAUCAGAGUGUUGUAUAUGUGUAUGCAUUAGUGCGUGACUGCGUUGGUUGGCAUAUGUGUU